UGGUCGACCAGGCCCUGUUUUCACUGUUUCGGGGUAAAUUUUGAAGAUAGAGAGUGUGCUACUCUCAUGCAGCCUUUCCCUUUUCCCAUGGGCUUAGCCAAGGAAAGCAGAACCGUCUCUCUCUACACUCAGCGUGGAGACCAUUAUGACCAACGCCGCCUUCGCUGCAUGAGGUCAUGCAUUCCCUCUGCUCCUCUUGCGGCAACGCCCUCCUUCCCACCCCCACUUACUUCCUCAGAGAGGCCGCAUUUGCCAUCUUUGUUAGUGGCACCGGUUGACCACGGCCUCUGGUCUCAAGCCACCGCCCCGCGGGAGAGCCGUCGUGGGAAACGCGUGCUGUCAGCCCUCCUCCAAAAUGGCGCCGCCCGUUUCACCCUUUGGGGGCGGGACCUAAAAUGGCGGGGGUGGCGCCUGCGCGUUAAUGGAUGGCUGUCAGAGCGGGGCCUGGCUGUACCUAUUGUGUGCCCGCCGGGAGGAAGCGUUGAAGGGUUGCUGCUUUAUUGGUGGGGAAUGGAGCCGGACCUUCUGGAGGGAGAGGGCAGCAGCCCUGAGGGAGCUGCCGGGGCGGCUGUCUCCUCCGCAUCGGCCACCGGACUCACCGCCUCUCAGCGCCGGGCUGAGAUUCGCCGGAGGAAGCUGCUGAUGAACUCGGAAGAGCGCAUCAACCGAAUAAUGGGUUUCCAUCGGCCGAAAGCGGAUGAUGACAGCCAUUCAGAAUCUAAGCUUCAACUGGAACAAGAUAAGCCAAGCCCUCUUCUAGCUCCAGUUUCCAAGCGAGUCGUGCUUGGGGAUACUGUAUGCAGCUUGGCUGGAACAGCUGACCAUGCAAGCGGUGGGGUGGAGAAAAAGGACUUGUUUAGCAAAGUUCCUGAGGCUGGUAGUGAUGGCACCAGUGAGCUCCGACAACGCAGUAGAGGGGAUCUGAUGGAAGUUCCACAACGAGCAUCUCGGCAUGGGUUGGAGCAGUAUUUAUCAAGGUUUGAUGAAGCUAUGAAGCUCAGAAGCCAGCUGAUGAGUGAGAAACCAAGCCAGGAAAAUGGAAGUGCUGUAGAGGAAUUUGAUUCUUUCCGCAUUUUUAGAUUAGUAGGAUGCGCACUCCUUGCCAUUGGAGUUAGAGCUUUUGUGUGCAAAUACUUGUCAAUAUUUGCUCCCUUUCUUACCUUACAGCUUGCAUUCAUGGGGUUGUCCAAGUACUUUCCAAAGAGUGAGAAGAAGACAAAGACUACAGUAUUAACUGCUGCUCUGUUACUGUCUGGAAUCCCUGCAGAAGUGAUUAGUCGUUCCAUGGACACUUACAGCAAAAUGGGGGAUGUCUUUACAGACCUCUGUAUCUACUUCUUUACUUUCAUCUUCUGCCAUGAACUGCUUGUGUUUUUUGGUUCAGAGGUGCCAUGAUAGUCAUGGAACUCAGUCUGAUAACUUCAACAGGACUGCUUCAGUCUUGAUUUCAUACAUGCCUCUGGAUGUAUCUAUAUAUAAACAGGGUUAUACCUUCAUUCAACUCUUAACUUGUUUCAGUGUAGUGUGAAUGCACUUCUGAAGGUGGAAGGGCAUGCUCCUAGCCUUUAAGUUGAAUAAGAACUGCUUAGGAUGGUGCACAGUGAUCUCAGAUAUCAUUCCAAGAGUGGAGCCUUUCUGUUGAAGGCAUCAUUUAAAUCUUGCUCUUUGUUGUGAAAAUAUAGGGUGACUGAGGUGCUGUGCUUGGCAGAAUCUGCAUUAGACCUUGUGGCUUGGACCCAGAAUUCCUAUGACUGGAGCUCCCAAUGGAAUGCUCCUGUUGGAGGAAAGGUAAACAGGCAACUUCCACCGGUUCUGCCUUCCCCCUGUACCUUCUGAAGAGCUAUGCUUUGGAAGCAAGAGGGACCUUCUGGAACACUGUGGGAAGGGGUGCAGGAAGGAGGGGAAAUUAGUGAAACAUGCCUCCUCUCCUUUUCCUUCAUCAGGAAUCACUGCUGGAUCUUAAUCCCUUCUGUGGAUGGAAGGAGACCCUUUCUGUUUCCUUUGCAGAUAACAAACUCUAGAUCCAGUCAGAGGAAUUUUCUAGGGACUAGUAAUAUAUAUGUCCGUCCACCCCCCACUGAAAUAGUCCGACAGAAAUAUUGUCAACCAUCAAGACAUCUGUGACAGAAUUAUAAUAUAAAGUAAUAAUGAUUUUGUAACAGAAUUAGACUUGUUGGAGCUCAUCACAUAAGUCUUUGCUUGACAGUGGUGGUAUUUUGUUUGCUUUAUAAUAAUUGGGAAGGAAUGACAGUAGUAAAAUCCAGCCCAGGUUCCCACUGAGUAUUCAUUAAUUGAAUUGGAAUAUUUAUUACUUGUGUUUACAUGAUUUUAUGUAAUGAGCUGCAUUAAGUGAACACUGCAGAUUAAAAAGUGUUCUUGAGUAAUUAGACUUUUUGUACCUAACGAUAUCACCAGUCUUGCUAAUGCCUCUGUUUUUUCAAGGGCUUCCUGCUUUAUGUCUUUGAGAAAGAGAUACUUAUGAAUGGUUUAACUACCUUUAAUGUUGCUUGGUAGCAUUACAUGUAUCAAUAAGAUGGUUUCUUGGUGUAGUACAAAGGGGUGUUUAACUCCAAUUUUAAUUACUGUUAAUUUCUAUGCAUUCUGAUUGAUAAAGUAUGAUUCACAGAAGAUACUCGGUUCACAAGAGAAUGCUGACUUUGAAAUAUGUGCUGCUAAUGGGUUCUUACAAUGUACCUGAAUUAAUUAUCUGACGUCUCUUCCAUUGAAAUCAGUAAGACAGUUCCAAAUGAAUGUUUAUGCCAGUUCCUGAAGGAAUCUGUGCUUUGGGAGGUAUCCUAAUCAAAUCUUUGCUUGGACAGAAUUGAGUUCAUAUACUUGGAGAAAGGUUAAGCAAGUUGUCACUCACACAUUUUUCCUUCCACGUCUCCUUAGUAAAUCACAAUUAUUGUACAUUAUUAAAUUUGACAUAUUUUAUCACUUGAACCUUCCCUGAAUAUUACUGUGUGACUAGAGCAAGAGCUGGUGCAGAUACAACACUGAACCACAAUGAAGAGGUUGCAUACCCACAGCUCUUCUUUCUUGUGUGAUAUUUUCUCCUUUAUUUACUCUGGUUCAGUGCUAUGUGUGAUGGUCACCAUCCCUGGCUAAGGGUGCUUCAGAACUCCGGGUACAGAACCUCGCAACCCCAGCAUCUGGCUCUGUGUUAUUCAGCACCAGGUCUUAGGUAUUUAAUGAGAGAUGAGAUUAUGCUGGAAUACUUCCUAUUCCUUGGUGAGACGGCAGAUUUUCCCAUGACUCUUAAAGAUUUAGAGGUAUCUAGUAUUUAAUUCGCCUGUCUAAGUUUUAGCAAUGAAAAUGUUACUAUGCGCAUACUGUAAUUAUACAGAUUAAAAUGAUUUCUUGUUUUAGAUUUAAAGGUGUUUUUCUGUUGGGCAGUAAAAUUGGUUUUUUGCUAAUGGUAGAUAAUGGAUAUUUAUUUUUAAUUUCUUGCACUAUAAAUUUUAAUACUGCAGUCAUUGAAUUGAAUUUCAUUAUUGUAGUUACAUCUUUAACAUUAGAAGAAUGUUCUGGAAUUGGGUCCAUAAAAGGAGCAUGAGUGUCCCAGAGAGAAGUGUGUGCAGUGCUGAAACUCUGGUGUUUUUGCCACUUCAGUUCUUCCUGCUAAAAGCAAGAUUGUGCACAGUUUGAAAAGCAGGAGACAUUGUGGGUAUAAAGCAAACAAAAGCUCUAGCUACAUUUUGAAUCUGUCUGUGCAUAUGUUUAAUUCUCCUUUAGAUUUUGAUAUGUUCUAUUGUAUUCAGUAGGGUUUACACUACAAUAAAUAUCAACAUACUGUAUGUUCUGACAUAUACAGAAAAAAAUAGUCUCUUACGAUCUAAGUUGUCUUUUCCAUGUUGAAAGUUCUUACUGGAAAUCACUAUACAAACAUCAAUUCUCUUGAAACCAACGUCAUGUUUAAAAUUCUGUGAGCAGCUAUCAUGGAGCUCUUAUUAGAAAUCUUCAAGAAUGCCUGAGCCUUUAUCAUUCCAAACAAAUAGUCUUAUUUUCUAAAGUUAACAUUAUGGGGAUAAAUAGAAGUGCCAGUCCCAACAAGAGUAGACCCAUUGAAUUAAUAGAACUUAUGCACGUAUUGACUUAAGUAGGGCACAUUAAUUCAGUCAGUCUACUCUGGUGAGAAUAAGCAUCGCGUAGGAUUUAGCUCAUGAUUGUUAGUAUGAAAAAUCAUGUCCUUUAAACUGGCACAUCUGAAUUCCUGUAAUCAAAUCAAAAUCAUCUUGUGAUCUAGAUGUAAAAACAACAUCUGGGUUGGGUAAUUCACUAAAAACCUAUAAACUAGGAGAGCUUCUGGGUCUUCAAGGACUCUCCUUGAAAUGUAGACAUUACAAAAAUUGGGGGACAGGAAGAAGCAGAAGCUCUCUGAAGUCUUAACAAGUGCCUCUAUCUGUUAUGCCGUUGAAAGCAGAAUGGCACAGCAAGAUGGAGGUUGGAGAUCCAGUACAAGGAAUGGUGUCAAGAUAUCUGCUUACAGUCUCCUCUCUCCUCCCUGUAGACAAAGAAACUCUAAGAAGGUAUCCUGGCACCUUUCAUAUGCAUUGGACCUGCAAUUUCCAUUUCAUUUUGCUAAUCUGCUUUCAAUAGAUUUGCUGGACUCAAUGACUUUUUGUUUCUUCCUCAGUCUUCCAACUUUAAUAACAUAUUUGAAAAAGAGUCUUCAAAAGCACACCCUGAUUACAAUUUUUCAGUGAUCCAUUAGAAGUACUACUUGUCCUGGACAUCUGAACUCCUGUAAUUUCAAUUUGCCAAGAUGGACUUCUAAACAAAGUACUAUGAAUCUUUAAUUGGAUCUUUUCCCCUUUAAAGUAGCAUAUGUUUAGAAUAUAGCAAAUUCCUGUAAAAAACCCUUUUCUGCUGUGAAGUGACUUACAAGAUGGAAUGAUCUCUGUAUAUGUUCCCUUUUACAAAAACUGGAGCUCCUCUGUGCAAUGAACCUCAUGUGGUCAUUCGUAUAUGUUCUUCAAUGUAAUUUAUUUCUACACUGGUUUCAUUAAAUAUAAUAAACUUA